AUGGUGCGGAACAUGGAUGACCUGGACUUCCAGCUGCCCUCUCACGCCCAGGACAUGCUGGACGGCCUGCAGCGGCUGCGUGCCCUGCCCAAGCUGGCGGACGUCACGCUGCUGGUGCGUGGCCGGGAGCUGCCCUGCCACCGCGGCCUCCUGGCACUGAGCAGCCCCUACUUCUACGCCAUGUUUGCUGGAGACUUCUCCGAGAGCUUCUCUGCGCGCGUGGAGCUGCGGGACGUGGAGCCGGAUGUGGUGGGACAGCUGGUGGACUUCGUGUACACAGGCCGGCUGACCAUCACGCAGAGCAAUGUGGAGGCGCUGACGCGCACCGCCUCCCACCUCCACUUCCCCGCCGUGCAGAAGGUCUGCGGCCGCUACCUCCAGCAGCAGCUGGAUGCCACCAACUGUCUGGGCAUCUGUGAGUUUGGGGAGCAGCAGGGGCUGCCGGGUGUGGCCGCGAAGGCCUGGGCCUUCCUGCGGGAGAACUUUGAGGCUGUGGCCCAGGAGGAGGAGUUCCUGCAGCUGUCCCGGGAGCGGCUGGCAGCCUGUCUGGCCAGCGACCUGCUUCAGGCACAGCCAGAGCAGAGCCGGCUGGAGGCUUUGCUGCGCUGGGUGCGCCACGACCCCCAGGCCCGGGCCGCCCACCUGCCUGAGCUCCUUAGCCUGGUGCGCCUGGAUGCCGUGCCCGGGCCCUGCGUGCAGCAGCUGCUGGCCACGGAGCCCCUGAUCCAGGGGUCAGAGGCGUGCCGGGAGGCCCUGGCCCAGGGCCGGAGUGAGGUGCUGCCUGGCCUGCAGCAGAAGCUGCAGGAGGUGCUGGUGGUGGUGGGCGGGCAGGCCAUGGAAGAGGAGGAGGAGGGCAGCGAAGACCCCGCCCCCCGCCUCGGGAACUUCGCGUUCUACAACACCAACGCCAGGAGGUGGAUGGCUCUCCCGGACUUCCCCGACUACCACAAGUGGGGCUUCUCGCUGGCGGCGCUCAACAACGACGUCUACGUCACAGGCGGCUCCCGGGGCACCAAGACUGACACCUGGUCGACCACCCAGGCCUGGUGCUUCCCCCUGAAGGAGGCAGCGUGGAAGCCCGUGGCACCCAUGCUGAAGGCCCGCACCAACCACGCCAGCGCCGCGCUCAACGGCGAGAUCUACGCCAUCGGAGGCACCACGCUGGAUGUGGUGGAGGUGGAGAGCUAUGACCCCUACACGGACAGCUGGACGCCCGUCAGCCCCGCCAUCAAGUACGUCAGCAACUUCUCGGCCGCCAGCUGCCAGGGCCGGCUCUACCUGGUGGGCUCCAGCGCCUGCAAGUACAACGCUCUGGCCCUGCAGUGCUACAACCCCGUGACAGAUGCGUGGGGCGUGAUCGCCUCGCCCUUCCUGCCCAAGUACCUGUCCUCCCCCCGCUGUGCCGCGCUGAACGGGGCGCUCUACCUCAUCGGGGACAACACGAAGAAGGUUUAUGUCUACGACCCUGGGGCCAACCUGUGGCAAAAGGUGCAGUCCCAGCACAGCCUGCAUGAGAACGGGGCGCUGGUGCCGCUGGGCGACACGCUGUACGUGACGGGCGGCCGCUGGCAGGGCAUGGACGGCGACUACCAUGUGGAGAUGGAGGCCUACGACACUGUGCGGGACGCCUGGGCCCGCCACGGCGCCCUGCCCCGCCUCUGGCUCUACCACGGAGCCUCCACCAUCUUCCUGGACCUCUCCCUGUGGACGCAGCCCUUCGGAUCCUCUCCGGAGCACUGAGCUGGGCGGCUCCCGGGGUAGCCCCCCACCCAGGGCCACGAGGAACAGCCCAGACCACCAGAUGGCACAGCUCAGAGAACACGGCUUAGUCUCUGGAGCCUCCACACCAAACGCCGGUGACA